UGGGGAGGUCUCUGCAACCAAAAUGUAUUGAUGGGAGAUCAACCAAACUGGUUGAAACAAGAUCAUUUAAGCACCAAACCAAAGGUAGAUAGCUGGUCAUAGACAGCGAUCCCCAUGAAUUUCUCACAUUAAGUGUGAGCUUAUAAAGCAGCACAGAGACUAUGAUUAAGUGGUCAUUGAUUGUAUCCACUUUACUGGAAAAGCUUAGUGAUUCAUGUGACCAAAGAAAGAGAAAGGAGGAGAAAACUUGGCUGACUUUGUAAAAGCUGAGGGAGCGAAAGAGGGAGGGGAUGAGUCAGCCAGGUAGAUGACAGGUGAAAAAGGCUCACUCCCUUGAUGUCUUCCUGUAUAUAAGCACUCACAUGUUCAUGAGACACCUGUAGGGGACAGAGGUAAAGGAAGCCAGGGAGAAGGAAGAGUUAAGAGGAAGGAAAAGGAGAGAAGGGGUGGUCUUUGAGGCGGUAGAGCCAAGCAAUUACCAUGGGAAGGUCCCCUUGCUGCGAUAAGAUUGGCAUCAAGAAAGGGCCUUGGACUCCUGAAGAAGACAUCAUCUUGGUCUCAUACAUCCAAGAGCAUGGGCCUGGAAACUGGAGAGCAGUCCCUGCAAACACAGGCUUGCUAAGAUGUAGCAAGAGUUGCAGACUAAGAUGGACUAAUUACCUCAGACCUGGAAUCAAGCGUGGCAACUUCACCCCACAUGAAGAAGGAAUGAUCAUCCAUCUUCAGGCCUUGCUUGGUAAUAGGUGGGCGGCAAUAGCUUCUUACCUUCCUCAAAGAACAGACAAUGAUAUAAAGAACUACUGGAACACCCACCUCAAGAAGAAGAUCAAGAAGUACCAGACAGCACUUGAUAAUUAUAUGAUCUCAACGGAUUCAGGCUCCAGCUGCCAUGACAUGAUGUCGAAAGGCUACGACAAGGAUGCAAUUCAGAAUCCAGAUUUCUCCGGCUCACACUUGCAGCCCUCCAGGUAUCAUCAGAGCCCCUCCACCUAUGCUUCCAGCACCGACAACAUCUCAAGGCUCCUCGAAGGAUGGAUGCGGCCAUCACCGAAGUCCACUCAAGGCAAGAACCAACGAAGCAACAACAGCGAAGACAGUGAAUCACUAGGAGAUCGAGGGUGCUGCGCUGCAGUAACUAAAGAAGACCUUGACUCGCUAAUCUCAUUCGAGAACCUUAGCAGCAUUUCUUGGGAGAAGUCAUCAUCAUUGGUUGACUCGGUUCUCCAAAGGCCGCAGCUGGAACCAGCCGGUAGUGAGGCCAAACAGGGGGUGGCGGAGGGCCAGCAGCAGCCACCCUUGUCCUUCCUGGAGAAGUGGCUCCUCGACGAGGCCUCGGGCCAGGUGGAUGGCUUCAUGGAACUCCCUGCUGACUGCUGCUCAAACCCAAUGCUGUAAUCCACAUAACAUGAACUCUGGAUUCCUCUGCAGAACUUUGCAUGAGUGGAAACAGAAACCAAGUGCAUGAGCUGCCUGAUGACCAAUUAGAAUUACUGCUUCCUAAGAAAAUUAUGGGGAAUAAGUACUAGAAGGCAAGUGAAAAUGGCUAUUGCCACCAAAUGUAAAAAUAAAGAGCGAUGUUUCUAUGGAAUUGUAUGAAAUAAAUCAGGCUUCAGCUUCAUCGGAUC